AUGGGAAAAUUCUCCAGCGCGGCGGCGUUGCUGCUCGCGUCGGCGUCUGUCGUUUCUGCAAACAUCAUUCUUCCCAACUCCCGUCACGGCCAUGUCAAGCGACAGGCAAACUUCCCUCUGCCGGCGAAGGAUAUGAAGACGUUCACCACUCCGACUGGUGUCACCAUCCGGUACAGGGAGCCAGGCAAAGAUGGCGUCUGUGAGACGACUCCGGGCGUGAACUCGUACUCUGGAUACAUCGACCUUACUCCAGACGUGCAUACCUUCUUUUGGUUCUUCGAAAGCAGACGCGAUCCGGCCAAUGAUGACCUCACUCUCUGGUUGAACGGUGGACCCGGCUCCGACAGUUUGAUCGGACUUCUCGAAGAGUUGGGACCAUGCAGGAUCACGCCCGAGCUGGAGGACACGCUCAACCCAUGGUCCUGGAACGAAGUCUCCAACAUGCUCUUCAUCAGUCAACCUGUGGGCACGGGGUUUUCCUACUCGACGGCGGAAGAGGGAUCGCUCACAAAUGGGACUAACCAGUUUGUUCCUGUGGGCCAACCUGGCUACGAACACCCAACCGGAGUAUGGGCCAUUCCCGAUAUCAACAUCAACACGACCGAUCUGGCUGCAGUUGCUGUUUGGCACACUUUGCAGGCGUUCCUGGAGGGUCUUCCAUCAUUGGAAGGUAACCGGGCCGGGGCCAAGAAUUUCAACCUGUGGACUGAGUCGUACGGUGGACACUACGGACCGUCCUUCUUGAGCUACUUCCAGGAGCAGAAUGCAAAAAUCGUCGACGGAAGUGUGCCCGGUUACAAGCUCAACUUCAAAACUCUCGGUAUCAUCAACGGUAUCAUCGACGAAUACACCCAAGCUCCAAGCUACCCCCAGAUGGCCGUCAACAACACCUACGGCAUCAAGGCGUACAAUGAUACCGUCUACAACUAUGCCAACUUUGCCCUCAACAUGCCCGGUGGAUGCUUGGAGCAAAUAGCCGACUGCGUUUAUGUUGCUGCUGAUCUGCAGGGCCAGAACGUCGGCAAGAUUUCGAUCGAUGCUAGCAAGGACCCAGUCGUUCACACCGUCUGCGCGUCGGCUGCGAGCAUGUGUCGAGACAGCGUCGAGGGUGUCUACUACAGACUUGGCGAUCGAGGCACCUACGAUAUCCGUCACCCGGGUGUUUAUCCCAACUUCGACGACCCCACGCCUCCAGACUUUGGCGAUUGGCUCCAACUGGAUCGCGUCAAGGCCGCCCUCGGAGUGACUUUGAACCACACCAAGAGCAACUCGGAAAUCACCUACAAUUUUGCGUCCACAGGUGACUUCAUCUACACGAACUUCGUCGCAGAUCUCUCGGACAUCAUCGACAGCGGCGUCCGCGUUGGUCUCUUCUAUGGUGAUGCCGACUACAUCUGCAAUUGGAUCGGCGGCGAAAUCGUCAGCCAAGAAGUCGGAUACAAAGAUCAAGCCGCUUUCAACGCUUCCGGCUAUGUACCUUUCAUGUGGAACGGCACCCGAUUUGGUGACACUAGGGAGUAUGGCAACUACUCCUUUACCCGAGUGCUCGAAUCCGGUCAUGAGAUUCCAUUCUAUCAACCUCAAGCCUCCCUCGCUUUCUUCAAGCGCAUGCUCGACGGCGUCGAUAUUGCAACUGGACUAGUUGAUAUCACUGCCAACUACUCUACUGUUGGAGACGACGAAAGCACAUACCAGGAGCCGUUCGAGCCGCUGCCC